AUGCCGACUGUUCGCGUGCAGGGUGAUCGCAACGUGCAAUACACGGAGGAGGCCAUAACAGCCAAAUACGUGUACCGUACGACGCGCGUCAAGGAAUCCAAGGAGGAGGUGAUUGUGGGGCCGGUAAACGUUGCGUUGCGAUUUCGCACACUUCGAAAAAGAGCGAAAUGUGGUCUCAUGAUGGUGGGGUGGGGCGGGAACAAUGGAUCAACCGUGACAGCGGGUAUUCUGGCCAACAAGCAUGGAUUAACGUGGCGCACAAAGAAGGGGGUUUUGCAUCCAAACUAUUUUGGAUCCAUCACGCAGUCCAGCACGCUGAAUUUGGGGAUGACAAGUGACAUGAAGGAGGUGUUUGUACCGCUGAAGGAUGUUGUGCCGAUGAUAAACCCGAAUGAUCUCGCCAUUGGUGGGUGGGAUUGCAGUGGAAUGAGCCUUGUCGAUGCGAUGCACCGUGCUCAGGUGUUGGAUGUUGCUCUCCAGGAUGCACUGUAUGAAUACAUGCGGGACAUGAAGCCCUUGCCUGCCGUUUUUGACCUGGAUUUUGUGGCGGAAAAUCAGCAGGAGCGUGCCGAUAACAUUUUAUCCGUGCAACACAAGUGGGAGGCAGUGGAGAAGCUGCGGUCCGACAUCCGCACAUUUAAGAAGGUGCAUGAG